AUGCAUAACUGGACACUCAAUACCGGAGUCAUCAACGAUCACCUCAUCUCCAAUCUCAUCCAAAAGGGUGAUGAUCCAAAAGGUGAUUUUGAUCAGACUGGACCCGACUUUUCAAACUCUAACUUUAUUCCACUCACCUCUUUGUUUAUGCAUCUCGAUCGUUGUGUAGCACUCUCUGCAACACAACUUGCUCGUGCAGGUGCCCCUGUCACAUCACCCAACAAGACAGCCCCCAUUUCAGUCUCACCAUCCUCUUCAUCACCUCCACCCGCCAAUAUCAAUAUCAAUGCUACAAAUAAUGGUAUCGGAGUGGGUCUUGGUGGCAAUGGUAGCGGUAGUGGUAAUGGUGGUAGUGGAUCAUUUUCAAACUAUAAUAUUGCAAAUGGAGGUAGUAUAUCGUCUGCAACACUCUUUUCUUCAGAUUAUCAUAACCUCAAUUUCGUCAAACAUCAUUAUGAAGCAGAGAUGGCCAUUAUCUUGCAACAAAGUGCAUCUACCAAUAAUAACAAUAAUAAUAAAAAAUAA